AUGGCAGCCGACGAUCUCACCAAGCAUCCCACCGCCGAUGAUGCGGAAGACAACAUCACAAAGCCCGUCAUCGGGCAGACAAUAACGACAGCCCACGCCAUCCAGGCUGAGCACGAGCUCACCUUCACCCAGGCAUGUCACCUUUACCCGAAGGCCAUCUUCUGGAGCGCCUUCGUCUCGCUGGGCGUCAUCAUGCUGGCCUUUGACCCCCAGCUCCUCGGCAACCUGUACGCCACGCCGCAGUUCCAGCGCGACUUUGGCUACCCCUACGAAGACGGCUACAUCAUCUCGGCGGCCUGGCAGACGGGGCUGUCGAUGGGCAACCCGGUGGGCCAGGUGGUCGGCGCCCUAUUCGCCGCGUACCCGAUGGACCUGUUCGGGCGCAAGUGGACCUUCGCCGCCUGCGUCGCCCUGACGGGCGCGCUCGUCUUCAUCCAGUUCUUCGCCCGCAGCCUGGCCGUGCUGCUGGUCGGCGAGCUGCUGGGCGGCCUGGUGCUGGGGUGCUACGUGGUCAUCGCGCCCGCGUACGCCAGCGAGGUGUGCCCCGUCGCGCUGCGGGGCCACCUCACCAGCUACGUCAACCUGUGCUUCGUCAUGGGCCAGCUCAUCGCCAACGGCGUCACGGCCGGCACGCAGACCAUGGACGACCACUGGGCCUACAGCCUGCCCUUCGCGCUGCAGUGGUUCUGGGUCGCCGUCAUCCUGCCGGGCCUGUUCUUCGUGCCUGAGAGCCCGUGGUGGCUGGUGCGCCAGGGCCGGAGGGAGGAGGCGGAGAUCUCGCUGCGGAGGCUGGCGAGCGACAAGGUCGAUGUCGCGGCCACGCUGGCCAUGAUCGAGGAGACGGACCGGCUCGAGAUGGAGAUCGAGGCGGGCAGCACCUACUGGGACUGCUUCCGUGGCGUGAACUUAAGGCGGACUGAGAUCAGCUGUGGUGUUUAUUGCACUCAGGUUCUGAGUGGUAUUUAUCUCAUCAACUAUGGCACUUACUUCUUCCAGCUCGCUGGCUUACCCACCAGCAUGGCUUUUGGGAUGGGUAUCGUGUUCUUGGCUGUCGGCUUCGUCGGAACAAUCCUCUCCUGGUUCCUCAUUGUCCGCAUAGGCCGCCGCGCCAUCUACCUGGUUGGUCUCGGCGCCCUUGUGUUCCUCAUGCUCCUGAUUGGCAUCCUCGACUGCGUCCCCGGCCGCCCCAGUGGCGUUGCUUGGGCCGAGUCCUCGCUCAUGAUCGUCUGGAACUUUGCCUUCGACCUCUCCGUCGGCCCCAUCUGCUUCAUCAUCAUCUCAGAGGCAUCGGCCACCCGCGUGCGGUCCAAGUCCAUCGCGGUGGCCACUGCUGCCCAGGCCAUUGUUGGAAUCAUCAUGACUGUGGGCAUCCCAUACAUGAUCAACCCAGACGAGGCCAACAUGCAGGGAAAGCUUGGAUUCUUCUUCGGAGGGUUAGCGGCAUUAUGUUUCGUCUGGGCAUAUUAUCGUAUCCCUGAGACCAUGGGCCGGACAUUUGAGGAGCUGGAUCUGUUGUUUGACCGCAAGGUGCCUGCCAGGCAAUUCAAGAACUACCAGAUUGACUUGGUAGAGACAUGA